UUUUAACCCUUCAUUUCAUUCUGUUGCAAAUUUGCAACACACAUAUUUAGAGCGUCUGCUAUUACAGACGAUAUGCGUUAAAGCUUGAGUUCAUGCUGUUGCAUAUUUGUAGCACUCCUAUUAAGCACGUGCGCAAUACCGAUGUCGUUUACGGUUAGGUUUUUUAUGGUGUUGUGGGUUUAUGUGUCCACGUGUUUUGUGGAAUCAGUUGACUCGUGAAGGGCCUUGUAGUUGAAGGGGUUAAAAAAUUUAAAAAAUAGUUGAGUGAUAAUAAUACCUACCGUAUACUAUGGACAAUACAGGUAUGUUCAAAAUUAAUAAAAAUGUUUCUUUGUUUGUUAUAUCUUUGGGGGUUAUUUUAGCAAAAUAAUAUCUAUGUUGCUAAUAUGCAACAUCAUGAACUGUGGAUAAAAUUAUUUAUUUUCUUUGCAGAAGGUUCACGUCUUAGAAAAAGACCAAAUAAACUUCUAUCUGAUGCAGAACUGGAAGAGAUUGCUGCACAUUUGUGGGACGAUAGUGAAGAUGAGUUUGACUUUUCGGAUACGGAUAGUUUAGCUGAUCCGGAAUAUUUUCCAGAAGAAAUUGAAGAUGGUGAAAAUAAUGAGUUGAACACCGAUUUGCCGAUCAAUGAUGAUGAUAAUGACGGUAGAAAUGAAGUUGGUGAUUUGAUAGAAAAUGAGAUGCUACCAAACGAAAAUACAUGCGACAAUCCGGAGGCUCCAAUAUGUCAAAAGAACAUUCGAGAAAAAAUAACAUGGCGAAAAAAACAUUUAGCAAUGAAUGAAGAUGCCUUAAACUUUUUAGGCAAUUCUAGUCUCCCCAAUAAUAUUCUGGAACUUGAGACCCCUUACGAUUUUUUCAAGUACCUGUUCACUGAUUCAUUGCUCCAGACAAUUGUUGACCAAACCAAUUUGUACAGUGUUCAGAAGAACCCAAAUAAGCCGGCGAACAUAUCGAUGGGUGAUAUUCAAAAAUUUUUCGGUAUUGCAUUAUAUAUGUCGGUUAUCAAGCUUCCCAGGACACGUUGUUAUUGGAGACCAGAUAUUGGAAAUGCAACAAUUCGCAAAUGUAUGACAAUAAAUGAAUUUGAGACUCUCAAAAGUGUUAUACAUUUCAAUAACAACGAAAAUCUCUUGCCUAGAGAACAUCCCGAUUACGACAAUUUAUUCAGAAUUAGACCCCUUUUGACAGAAUUGAAUACAAGAUGUUCUUCAGUGCCAAUGGAAAACAAGCUUUCCAUCGAUGAGCAAAUAUGCGCAACAAAAUCAAAGCACCAUUUGAAACAGUAUAUUCCUAUGAAACCCCACAAAUGGGGUUUCAAACUAUUCAUGUUGUGUGAUACAUCAGGAUUCACCUACAAUUUUGAAAUAUACAACGGAUCCACAAAUACUUUCACAAAAGUGAAACCAAAUGAGAAGGAUUUAGGAGCCAGUGCUAAUGUUGUUGUUCGACUUUCAAGAGUGAUUCCGAGAAAUGAGAAUUUCCAGCUUUAUUGCGACAAUUACUAUACCUCAAUACCGCUGUUCUCGUAUAUGGCAAAAGAUUGA